CUCUACAAACCUCUUCAUUGCACCGCCACUCACUAACCGCCGAUUCUGGAACUGUUUUCGAUUCCAAUCUUAAUUCGUCUCUUUCCAGUAGCCUUCUAUUCGACGAAUCAAUCGCCGGUUGUGCUUGAAAUGGCGAGCUAUCUAUGGAGGAAGUACGCCGAUUAUCUCUACACCAAGUGGGAAAGAACGAUUCUAUGGGACAUGGUUGAUCCGUAUAGGCGACCUAAAUCGUUUACGCCUUUGGUUACCAUCUAUAUUGCUGCCUUUUACACUGGAGUCGUCGGCGCUGCCAUUACCGAGCAGCUCUACAAGGAAAAGUAUUGGGAAGAUCACCCUGGGGAAGAUGUACCUCUAAUGAAACCAAAGUUUUAUUAUGGACCCUGGAGAGUAAUGAGGGGUGAAGUCCCUGCACACACCAAGUGAAAGCUCUAGCAAGUUAAUGGCCCGAGUAUUUGCUGUUUGCUCAAGAAACUGGUACGCUCAUCGAUAAUCAUUCAUCUUUGUGGCUUUCCUGGUUGAAUCGUAUAAUCUACUUCGUCGUCGUCGUAUCUCAACGAGACGUUUAAAGCAUGAGGGCUAUGUUUAAGUGAUUGUUAGGCUUGUUUAAAGAUAUAGGUCAUAGCUACUCUGUAGUCUAGCAGCUGCCUUAUAGGAGACUAAAUACUGGCUAGACAAGCCUUCCAUAUAUGCUUUGGCUGAUGAUUUUUACAGCUCAAACACUAUUGAC